AUGGCCAGCAGUCCUGAGGAUAACACAUCCCUCUCCAGUGAGAAAGUCAUGCACCCAGAAAGUUCCCAAGCAAAGAAGUCCCAGCAUGCAGAAGAAGCCACCUUUUACAUGAACUGCCGAGCAGCUUAUCUAGCUGUUUUAAAAAGCAGUUUAGAAAACAUUAAAUCGAAAGAACAACUCAGAUUAGUGCUUCAACAGGCUGGGAGAAAUCCAUCUCAGAAGACAGUUAAUAAAUACUGGACUUCACAAACAACUACACUGAAUUUUGAUGAUUUUUGUACUAUUUUAAAAGAAGAAAAACCAGCUACAAAAUCUGAACUGCUGGAAGCAUUUGGAAAAAUAGAUAAAGAUAAGACUGGAUAUAUUUUACAUGAUGAACUUUACAGAAUUCUCACAAUGGGAGGUGAAAAAAUGACUGAGGAUGAAGUGAAUGCCAUUACUGAACAAGCUGAUUUUAACUGUGGUGGUAAACUUGACUACAACAAGUUUUGUGACAUAUACAUGACAACCAGAGAGCAGUGCUGCAAGACUGCACGAGAGAGACUGGAACUUGAUAGUCGAUUGAGGCAACAGCAGUUUGGAAAUCAAACUGAACCUUCCUCUGAAGAGAUCACACUGCCCGUGUCAAAACCAUCACCAAGAGUCUCGAGGAAAACUGAUCACAGACUGGCAAACACAAAAGGUGAUAGCAGAACUCCUUCAAGACCCUCAUCAGCUCAAAGUUGCAAAGCAUCCAUCUCUACCACUAUCAACGUGGCUGCCAGGAGCAACAGGAACACAAAGCUAAUUGAGCCAGACACCAUGAAGGAGUGGCAUUGUGCACAAUCCAAAGGAUGCUUCUACUUGGAAGAAGAUGGUGAAAUCGUUAGUCACAAGUACAGGUUGCAUGUACCUCAAAGGUCAACAGUGUGUAUCACCAUCAAGCCUUUAAACAUGCAUCAGGAAGAAGGAAUAUCUUGUCACUGGUUGUCAGUGGAUACAGCUUUGUAUAUUCUGAGGGAAAAUGAAACCCAAGAAAAUCUACAGCUUGUGAGCUUUACUGAACAACUAAACGAAGAGAUGUCUGGCUGGAAAGGGGAGCUUGGAUCAGGUGUUUACUGGCUGCUCCCAUUCACAACUGGCUGUAGGCUGAAGAAGGUAAAAACACAAAUUACUGAAGAAGCAGAACUGGUGUAUAGAGAUGAAGAUGGAGAACUGGCUCUGACCCCAGAGUUUCGAGCUGCUUUACUGGAUAUAUUUGAAACAAUCGAUUUGGAUGGAAAUGGCCUUCUGAGUUUGGAGGAAUACAAUUUCUUUGAGCUGAGAACUAGUGGUGAGAAAUGUGAUGAGGAAGCAUGGGCUGUAUGUAAGGAGAAUUUUGAUAUGAGGAAGAAUGAACUAACAAGACAAGGAUUUAUGGAUUUGAAUCUCAUGGAAGCCAACGACCGUGAAGGGGAUCCUAGUGACCUCUGGGUCACUUUAUUGUCUCUGGGCUACAAUAAAGCAUUAGAAAUGACAGAGGCAUGCCCCUUUGUCAUUGACAUCUAUGCAGAGAAGUGCAAACCCAGAAUUAAAGCCAUGUGUCUAGAGGCAGGGAGCUCACAACUCCACAGGGCUGUUUGCAAGUCUGUUGUUAGCAAAGGAGAGGCCAGAGUACUGAAUGGCUGUGAAAACAUCAUCAUCUAUACCUACAGUGCGGGUGGGAGAAUCACGUCUGUCAUUGAGAAUAAGUCUGAAAACAAAGUGAUUAUUCAUGUCAACAAUGAGCAGAGCAAGAACUGCCUAAGUAAUAGGGGACUUACUGUUUUUGCUGUAGAAGUGGCACCGAAAUCCAUGAUGGUUUCUCAGCAUGUGAUGCCACUGAAUGAGCAGGAAGAAUGGCUUUAUAGUUGUGUGCAUUCCCUCGUACGUUAA